AUGUCGUUUAACGUUGCAGGUUCCUCCACCAGUGUUCCUGUUAUUCCUUCAUCUGAUCUUCCGACGGUCGAGGAAGUGAGAGGAUUUAAUGCCGAAGAACUUAAUGGCUUUUUGAAAAAGAGGUUAAACAACAUUGAUAAUCACAUAGACACCUUAACAGCUCAAGAAGUCGAGGGCGUAGCCUUUCUUGCACUAAAAUAUGAAAUGCUCGUAAAUCCACCUUUGAAUAUUCCAAUCGGACCAGCUGUAAAAUUGGUAGAAUUGAUUAAUGACAUUCAGGGAGAGCUUCUCACCGAACAAGAACUUUUCCGCAUAGUUCUUCCAUUACCCAUAUUACGUCCAAAUACGACAACUACUAUGACUCUCUCUUCAUCGCGAAAAGUACCUAAUGAUCCAUUGGAAUCGUGGGACUUUCUUACCUACGCUUUUAAUGCAUCAUUGAAUCUUAAUACAAAUACCCGUAGAUAUAACAGGCCCACCAAUAUAGAAAUCGUCUUAGCUAGUGAAAAUACGACGGUUGAAGGGUUUUUAAGAACUAUGGAAGUUUUCAAUGAGCAAAGAUUGCUUGAUCUAACGAGACCAGAAAAAUGGUGUAGGUGCGAAUUUUUUCGGCAAACUGUAAAAGGUCAUCCUGAUUUCAUACGUUGUAGUGCUGAAAAUAAACAACAGCUUUUGAGACGUGAAUUUACUCGGUUACUCGCAGUAUCUGAAGCGAAACCCGAAUGGCUGAUUAGAUCGUUGUUGGGGGAGGAGGAGUUGUAUACGGCUUACAACAUAGCGGUAACAGCGGUGGAUGAUGGCACAGAUUCGUAUACUAAAUAUCAAAAAAUCAUUAGAAUCGUUCGACAAAUGUUUGGAUAUAUGGUCAUUAAUGACAUGCAAUUUGGCUUGCUUACGUCAUACGUCCGAACAUGGUUUUUCUGCCGUCAACCUGAAAAUCCAAACAGUCUUUACAUUUCUCCUGCAGUUUCCACCAAUCAGAACCAUACGUCCGUUCAGGCCUCAUUCUUGGAAUCUAUGAAAGUAAUUAUUCGGAACGUGUCAAGAAAAGGAAAAGAGAAAAUGCAACUCAGAGAUAUGAAAAAUUAUGAUCGUAAUCAGUUUUCUUUUGGCGAUAUGUUGGGAAAUGGUCGAUCCGGGGCUGUUUUUACAGCAAAGCUUUGCGGGAAAACUGGCGCUCUUAAAAUAGCCGAUCUGUAUAAAAAUGAGAAUUUACUAAAAGAAAUGCUUAAUGAAAUCAAAAUCUAUCACGGUCCCCUCAAGGAAAUUCAAGGCAUUUACAUACCAAAGCUUUUGAAAUUCGGAGUUCUUCAUGAAGCUUUUGUUUUUAUCUUUACAUCAUUUGCUGGAGAAUCCUUUGCGGAGCUAGGAAAUAAGCUCACAAAAGAGGAGAAGCAAUUGGCUAUUGAGGGUUUACGGGCGAUACACAUAAGAGGAGUGAUGCAUGGAGACGUUAGGUUGGAGAAUAUAAUGGUGAAAGAGAAGAAUUUGACUGGUAAAAAUUGUGUGUGGUGGAUUGAUUUUGCGUUGAGCAAAAUAGGUAAUGCAAAAGAACUGGAUAGGGAGAUGUUCGAGUUGAAACGAUUGCUUGGUAUUAACAUUAAAAAUUCCUGA